CUGAUGGCAGCUCUGUUUUUUUGCAGAGGUCUUCGUUUAAGUUCCUUUUAAUUUCAUGGGUCACUCUAACAAAAUUUCUGCAAUUGCUGCAAGCUGGCAAUCCCCAUUAGUGCCGAAGAGAUUCCUGCUCCGAUCUGACAGAUGGCCGAGGUGGGGGAAGCUCCACUAGGGUAUGAAAAUCUUCUAAAGGGGUGUAGUUUCAAUUCCUUAUCCACAAACUCCGCCAUUGCUGAUCGGUGAGUUUGGUUCUUCAAAUUCACUUUCAAGGCCAAUUGAGGAAUGGACAGGACCAGACUGGAUUUAAGGGGUCAUCACUCUGGAUCAACGCAAUCAGAAGAGUCGGCUUUAGACCUGGAGAGGAACCAUUGUAGUCAUCCUAAUCUGACUUCAACUCCACCAACACUGCAAGCGUUUGCAUCAGGUCGUCAGCAUUCUGAGAGCAAUGCCGCCUACUUCUCCUGGCCUACUUCUAGUCGAUUGAAUGGUGCUGCGGAAGGUCGAGCAAACUAUUUUGUGAACCUUCAGAAGGGGGUGCUGCCUGAAACUCUUGAUCAGUUGCCAACGGGUCAGCAAGCAACCACUUUGCUCGAGCUGAUGACCAUAAGGGCUUUCCACAGCAAGAUAUUGCGUCGUUAUAGUCUUGGCACGGCUGUUGGGUUUCGAAUUAGACAUGGUGUAUUGACAGACAUACCUGCUAUUCUUGUCUUUGUUGCCCGCAAAGUUCAUAGACAAUGGCUCAGCCACAUCCAGUGCCUGCCCUCUGCCCUUGUGGGACCAGGAGGUGUCUGGUGUGAUGUGGAUGUUGUGGAAUUUUCAUACUAUGGUGCACCUGCUCCAACUCCCAAAGAACAGUUAUACACUGAGCUUGUGGAUUGCUUACGUGGAAGUGAUCCUUGCAUUGGCUCAGGCUUUCAGGUUGCAAGCCAAGAGACCUAUGGAACUUUGGGUGCCAUAGUGAGGAGCCGAACAGGCAACCGACAAGUUGGGUUCCUCACAAAUCGGCAUGUUGCAGUUGAUUUGGACUACCCAAACCAGAAGAUGUUUCAUCCUUUGCCACCCAACCUAGGCCCUGGGGAGUAUCUUGGAGCAGUGGAGAGGGCAACAUCAUUCAUCACAGAUGAUCUUUGGUAUGGCAUCUUUGCCGGAACAAACCCAGAGACAUUUGUGCGAGCUGAUGGGGCUUUCAUACCUUUUGCGGAAGAUUUUGUUGUCUCCAAUGUAACUACAUUGGUAAAAGGUGUUGGUGAGAUUGGUGACGUGAAGAUCAUAGACUUGCAGUCCCCAAUCAAAAGUCUGAUUGGCAAGCAGGUGGUGAAGGUGGGAAGAAGCUCGGGCUUGACUACAGGGACUGUAAUGGCCUAUGCCCUUGAAUAUAAUGAUGAGAAAGGGAUCUGCUUCUUCACUGAUUUCCUUGUUGUGGGAGAAAACCAGCAGACCUUUGACCUUGAAGGUGACAGUGGGAGUCUCAUCCUUUUAACAUCUCAGAAUGGUGAGAAACCUCGGCCAAUUGGGAUAAUAUGGGGUGGGACGGCCAAUCGCGGGCGGUUGAAGCUGAAAGUUGGUCAACCUCCUGAGAAUUGGACCAGCGGUGUUGAUCUCGGGCGUCUUCUUGAUUUUCUGGAACUUGACAUCAUCACAACAAAUGAAGGACUCGAAGUGGCUGUGCAAGAACAAAAAAACGCUUCAGCUGCUGGAGUUGAUUCUACGGUUGGUGAGUCAUCCCCUGCAGAGGGAACACAAGCGAAGGAUAAAACUGAAGAAAUCUUUGAGCCUCUGGGUUUUAACUUACAGCAUAUUCCUGUGGAAGAUGGACCCCGUGCAGGAGCAAAUCCACAUCUUGCUCCCUCUGAGUUCCACAUAGAAGAAGGAGUUGAGGCAUUGCCCAAUGUGGAACAUCAAUUCAUUCCUAACUUUAUUGGGCGUUCACCGAUACAUCAAAAUGACCAACAGAGCCAUCCAGAAUCAAAGAAUCUCUCUGCAUUGAGGAAUGGCUCUGAUGAAGAUCUCUGCGUUUCACUGCAGUUGGGAGAUCGAGAGCCCAAGAGAAGGCGCUCAGAGAGUGUGAUUGAUCUUGAAGAACCAAUAUGAAUUAUUGAACUGCCUCAUUUGCCUAUAGUGUCAUGUGGAAGUUGAGAUGGGCUCUCAGCUUUUUAAGGUUCAAGCGUCCUUACACCUACCAGAUAAUUAGUCUUCCAAUCCCACGCAUUUUUCUGGGUAUGGUUAUUAGCUAUAGGUAGAUAUAUUUGCUAUAUACCAUUUUGUAAGAAAAUGUUCAGAGAGUGCUCAUAUUUAGACAGAAUCCUUAUUUUUU